UCUGGUCCUAACACCAACCACUCACGGGCUGAUAGUUACUUGGAUACUGCCCAUAUUUUCUUAAGUCUUACGCUACAGUAAACUGAAAUGCUUUCUACUUCAAACAGGUAUAAGUGUUGAACUAGAGAAGCCCUAGUGGAAGCUUCUUUUCACUUCUCUCAUGUUUGCUAGCUGCCAUGGAUCCAAUCAUUCGCCUUCUUCUUCUUCUAGCAUCCUCUUUCAUGCAUCUAUUUUCCGCAACAGCUCAACCCCCAAAUCCAAUCUCUCGGAUCACAGUAGUGGGCGUUGUUUUCUGUGAUUCCUGUUCAAGCAACACUUUGUCUAGGCACAGCUACUUUUUGCCAGGUGCUGAAGUCAACAUUGAAUGCAAGUUUAAAGCACAAUCACCAAAAACUACAGAGCAAAUGAGCGUCUCAGUCAACAGAACUACAGAUAAAUAUGGGGUGUACAAGCUAGAAAUACCGCAUGUUGACGGGGUUGACUGUGUGGAAGGUUUGGCCAUUGAGUCAUUAUGCCAGGCAAGUUUAGUAGGGAGCAAAUCCAAAGCAUGCGAUGUACCAGGUUUGAAGACAUCCACAAAUCAGAUAACUGUCAAAUCAAAACAAGAUAAUCUGUGCAUCUACAGCUUGAAUGCACUGAGUUACAGGCCUUCCAAGAGAAAUGCCACCUUGUGUAGAAAUCACAAACAGUGUUCACCAUUUCCCUCGUUACCUCCCCUUCCAUCAUUCCCACUCCCUCCCCUGCCACCUUUGCCAUCAUGGCCCUUUCCUCGCUUGCCCUAUCCCAUUCCACAUCCCAAUCCACCAUCUUUGCCUUUCCCUUUCUCCCCUCACCCUCCCUUCCGUCCUAGCCCAUCUCAUUUUGUUCCACCCCCUCCACCUGCAUUUAAUCUAGGAGAUCCUACUACUUGGCUACCAGCUCCUCCUUCCCCACCUGGCUUUAAUCUGGGAGACCCAACAACCUGGAUAUCUUACGUUCCCCGCUCCCCUCCAAGCUUCCCCCAGAGCCAAACACCCUAAGCAUCAUUUGGCCUCCUCUAAAUUCAAUUCAACACCUGAAUAAUUAUGCUUGAUUUUGAUAUCAUGUACUGUUAUUCUUGAUUGAGAAGAUUUCAUAAUUUACGGUAUAGAAAGUAGAAUGGACUAGCUUACCUUUUUAGUAACAUUAUUAUGUAUAUAGACAUGCACUUAUCGCCUCCUUUUGCAGCAAAUCAGUUCACUAGUGCUAUGAAUUUGAAAUUGUGGGAACGAAAUCAUUAUACCUUCCAAUUGCACAAAUAUAUAAAAAUUAAAAUUUUAAAAUA